AUGUCCUCGACUGUAGGAAAGACAAUAACCUGCAAGGCCGCUGUUGCGUGGGAGGCCGGAAAGGAAUUGACUCUAGAGACAAUCGAAGUCGCCCCACCAAAGGCUGGCGAAGUCCGCAUUGAGAUUUACUACACCGGCGUUUGUCACACUGAUGCCUACACACUUUCCGGAAAGGAUCCCGAGGGAGCUUUCCCGAUCGUCCUCGGGCACGAAGGAGCCGGUAUUGUAGAGUCUGUUGGAGAUGGCGUCACGUCCGUUAAGCCAGGGGACUAUGUCGUUGCUCUUUAUACCCCUGAAUGCAAGGAAUGCAAAUUCUGCAAAUCCGGCAAGACUAACCUCUGCGGAAAGAUCAGAGCUACACAAGGAAAGGGCGUUAUGCCAGACGGGACAUCGCGAUUCAAGUGCAAGGGUAAGGAUCUCCUCCAUUUCAUGGGAACCUCAACCUUCUCGCAAUUCACCGUUGUUGCCGAUAUCUCUGUGGUUGCCAUCACGAAAGAUGCUCCCAUGGACCGAACUUGUUUGCUAGGAUGCGGCAUUACAACCGGUUACGGAGCUGCCGUUGAGACUGCCAAGGUCGAGGAGGGUUCUACAGUUGCUGUUUUCGGAGCUGGCUGUGUCGGUUUAUCUGUCGUCCAAGGCGCUGUUGUGAGAAAAGCCAGCAAGAUUAUCGUCGUUGACCUGAAUCCCAAUAAGAAGGCCUGGGCGGAGAAGUUUGGGGCGACCGAUUUCGUAAACCCAGGCGAGCUCAAGAACCAGUCUAUUGUUGAGAAGCUGAUCGAGAUGACCGAUGGUGGUUGCGAUUAUACCUUUGACUGCACCGGAAACGUUGGUGUUAUGCGAGCGGCUUUGGAGGCUUGCCACAAGGGAUGGGGACAGAGCAUUGUUAUCGGGGUUGCUGCUGCCGGACAAGAGAUUUCGACAAGACCAUUCCAGUUGGUCACUGGUCGCGUAUGGAAGGGAUGUGCAUUUGGUGGUAUCAAGGGUCGCUCACAGCUUCCUGACUUGGUUGAUGACUAUAUGAAGGGCAAGCUCAAGGUCGACGAAUUCAUCACUCACCGCAAGCCGCUUGCCGAGAUCAACAAUGCUUUUGACGACAUGAAGGCUGGUGACUGCAUUCGUUGCGUUGUGAAUAUGCGCGACUCGUAG